UCAAACGGUCUGAAAUGCGAGAAAGGUUGCGAGAACGAUAUCGAUCAAACGAAACCCGGGCAACGAGUGCUGUCAAUGCGAGUUUCUUGUAUUUUCGAGGAGUCAUGUUAAAAUAAUCGCUUCCUCACAAAUUUCUCACACAGCUUACCGAAGAUUUAGCUUCUAUACAGUGUUAGUGGUGAGUUAGAUUAACAAAGGGGCGUGGUGAAAUGCAAGAGGAGUGCGACUUUCAAUCCUCUUUGAUGGAGAAAAAAGUCUCGGCCGAGGCAAGGCUCGACACUGCAGCAAGUAGUAUCACUUUGUCGGAGACAGAGAUCAAAAAAUCGAUACCGAAAGAUUCGUCGGUGGAUUUCGAUGUCCUUUCCGCCUCGUCGUUGGACGUUCUCACGAAGAUGGGCGUAGAAAUACAGAAGAACGAGGGCACGUCGGAGGAACAGGCGGUCGCGACCGCGUCUACCCCAGAGCCGAUACCGGAGGUGGACAACGACGACGACUCCAACUGGCUCUCGUAUUUCGACUGCAACGCUAUAUUCGACGUCACCUACGAAAAUCAAUCUUACUACAACUCGACCAAAGCCGAGAAGGACAGCGACAGCGAUUUGGACGACACGUUGACCUUCGACGACGCCGAGGAAGGCGAGGCCCUCGUCCUGGACGAGAACGACGCUUACCCCAAUUCUUACCAACAAUCGUUCGAGGAAACGUGCGAGAAAAAGGCGGACAACAAUAAUUUCCCCGUCUCUGACAAAGUUUCUAUACUCGAGAUAAAUCGGGACGAUUCGCGCGACGAGAAUAUUCAUUCGAUCGCGGGCGAGGGAACGAAGGGGGAUAAUCUCGAUCUAAUCGGGGUGGACAAAGGGAUGGAAACUUCGGCCCGGAUCGACUCGAUGGAGAUCGAGAAGAUCGAGGGGUACGAGGUCGAAGCGAGGGAAAAGGACGAGAAGAUGGUCGACGACAAGGAGACGAUAAUAGAAUUGAAAGUGGAGAACAGAAUGGACGAUUUCUCGAGCGAUUCCGAGGACGAAUACGAAGGGAAUCUGAUCUACUCCUCGCCCAACGUGAACAUCUCCGCCUAUUUUAAAUACAGGGACAGUAUGAAGGAACCCAAGUACGAGGCGACCAUAGAUCAAUUGAACGCCAUGUACUCGAAGGAAUCGAGCAAAUCUGUGAUUUUGGAGGAAAUUGUCGAGGAGCCGUCUGCCGAGGCCGGGAAAAAUCCAUCUGCGACGAACAAGGACGAAUGUCUUCAGGAAAUAAAGGAGGAGGAGGAGGAGGAGGAGGAGGAAGCGGUGGGCAAAUUUACGGGGAACACCGCAACACCCGUGGAACAAAGGAAAGAAUCCAAGUUCGUGGAGUUGAAUUCCCCGGAAGAGUACUUGGAGAAAUUGGCAGAGAUCACGGAAUCGGAUUGUCCGAAAACCGAGGAGGAGGCCCACGAAAAGUUGAAGAAGAUCGCCGAGGGGAAGGCGGAGAUAGAGAACAGGAAGAACGAGGCGCUGGAGGAUCUGUCGGUGGAAUUCGACAAGAUCGAGAGACUGGUCGCGGAGACGAGGUCGGCCGAGCAGGAGUACAACAGCGGGUCCGACGAAAGUUUGGACGAGGUGGAUGGGAAGGAUAUCGAGUUGCCUUUGACCAAGGAUCAAGUAGCCGAGAGCUUUAAAUUCAAAACUAUUCAAAAGAGCGUCGAGGAGGAAGAGAAGCGUCGCGCGGAAUUGUUGCAAGAAUGCCUCCAAGUGAUCCCAAAAAUACCGGAAACGGAAGAAUCGUCCGUGGACGAGGAGGCGAUCGAGGUGGAGCGAGACGAGAAUGUCGCGAAAGAGAAGGCGACGGAGGGUGACGACGCCUCGUCGGAGGAGGCCGCCUCGAAAGAAAAGGAGAAGAAGGAGGAGAAGGAAGAGGAAGAGGAGGAGCGCGACGAACGGAAGGAGAAGAGAACGGACGAGAGUUCGACGACGGAAACGACGAAGUCGACCGUGCAGGGAAUCGUCCAAGACAUUAUCGACGAAACCGAGGAUUCGCUGUUUUGGCAAUUCAAGAAGGAACCGGAGAGGACUUACAUCAAGGGGAAGGUGUACGAUUUCGACGAGAAGAAACACGGCGUCAGAAUGACCGAGGAGUUUUUGAAAAAGCACUGCAAGCAGCAUAAACUUUAUCAAACACCGCAUCUCAACGACGUACUUUAUCUUCAUUACAAAGGUUUCUCUUUCAUCGAGAACCUCGAGAAGUAUACAGGCUUGAAGUGUUUGUGGCUGGAGAACAACGGGAUCAGGGAGAUCGCGAAUCUGGAAAAUCAGAGCGAGCUCAAGUGCUUGUUCCUUCACAAUAAUUUGAUCAGCAAGAUCGAGAAUCUCGAGUACCUGACCAAGCUCGACACUCUGAACCUCUCUUACAACACUAUACGAAGGAUUGAGAAUCUCGGUGACUCGAGUCGACGCUUGGUAUCCUUGAUGACCUUGACCUUGACGCGCCUCUGCUUUCAGAUAGCCUCAAAUAGCCUCAAGUUCCUGAAUACUCUAAACCUGUCGCACAACUACUUGCAAAGUACCGGUGACAUUGAGCAUCUCCGAUCGCUGGACAGCCUCUCGGUACUGGAUAUUUCUCACAACAGGAUAGACACCGACCAAGUCGUUAAUAUAUUGGGAGACAUGAAAGAGUUGCGCGUGGUGUCCCUGAUGGGCAAUCCGAUCCUGAAGGCGAUCAAACUGUAUCGCAAGACUAUGAUCUUGAAGUGUAAGAAUCUCAAGUAUCUAGACGACAGGCCGGUAUUUCCAAGGGAUCGUGCCUGCGCCGAGGCUUGGAUGCGAGGGGGGCCCGAGGAAGAAGCGGCCGAGAGGAAACGGUGGAUCGAGGCGGAGCAGAAGAAAAUCAAUGAUAGCGUGCUCGCCCUGAUAAACAAAAGGAAGCAGUGCAAACCGGUCGAGACGUCCGAAAAGGAGGCGGAGGAUAAGAAAAGGACGAAGGAGGACGAAGAAGUAGCCGCGACCACGGUUGUCUGCACGAGCGACGAACUGCUCAAUCUGGAGAAGAAGAAAAAGUUGGAGGUGUCCUCAUCCUCCGACAACUCCUCCGCGUCCUCGUCGUCGGGCGAAGAGGAGGAUGACGGACCGAUCCAAAAAGGGACGGAGAAAAGUGACGGAAGGAGGCCAAUGGCGGAGGAAGAAAGGAGAGAUUCGUCCGAUCGAGGCCAGGAAAUUUUGUUACCCUGGAAAACUCAGCUUCCUACUCGUAAGAGCGUUAAAAAGUUGGUGGAGGUGAUAGAGGAGGAUGACACGAAGGAGUUGGUGGAUACGAUAGAGCGGACAGGGAAGGUGAUUUUAGAGGAACGAAACAUCGAUGAUGAUCCACCGGUCGAUUCGAGGAAAGAUCCGAACGAUUACGAGAUAUUUGCAACGAGUACCACGAACGAGAUUACUACUCCAUCCUGCUGUAAGUCAGAGAAACGACGAGAUGACGGAAGAGCAAGGAAGUUUAAAAGUGUCUCGGUCUCUUGUAACAUUUUGGACACGAAGAGCGAUGAAAGGAAGAGGGAAGAGAAUAUGGCGAGCAACGAAUGUCCGUCCAAGGAUAUCCUGGACAAUUAUCGAAGAAGGAAUGAUCCGCAUCCUUUGAGCAGCCAGUUGAGCAGCAUCAGAGAGGACAUGAAGGAGUUUUGCGUCGAGAUGGACAAAUUCAUGGAGGAGAACAAGAUGGUGUUCAAAGAGAGCGAUAAAACGAGAAAGGAGGAGGACGAGGGGAAAGAUUCGGUCAAAUGGUGGGACACGAAGGAGAGAAAGUUGAAGGUGAGAGAGAUCUUGAAGCGGAGAGAGGAGGCGGAGAGAUCGAGAAACGCGAAGAGGAUCGAAAUUGUUGAAGAGGUCGAGAAAGAAGAAGAAGAAGAAGAAGAAGAAGAAGUGGAUAAAGGCGCGAAGGACGUUCCAUCCUGCCAAGGUGUGUACGAUCUAUUAAAUUUGAAAAAGUGUCCUCAAAUUUUGUUGAAGGAUGUGAAAGCUGAUGGCAAAACCGGCGAGGGUGACGCUAUGUUGCACGAAUCCGUUAAAAACGAUAACAAUAAGGACCGCCUCUCGGGAUUGUACAACUCUUUGUUCAACGAGAUGAAUCGUAGAAGCGGGAUGGACAAAAAGGGAUCGAGGAAAUCGCUCAGCUCCCAAGAAUUGUUGACUUUGGAAAAAAUAGACGAAACCGCGGAAGAAACAACACGUUCCGCGAGCUGUAUCGACAUCAUUUCUUCGAAUAUUAUGAACGAUUCAGAAAUAAUCAGUGACGUUAAGAGCGAGUCUGUCGAUGUAAAAAUCAUGGAGAAAUCGAGCCCCGUCAACGUCACAACCUCAUCUCUCGAUUCCACCGACGACGAGAUAUCGGACAGCGAGUCUGUUAAAACAAUAAUUAACAAUUAUGAUAAAGCGAAAGAAAUCGACGAAGAAGAGGCAAACGCGACGAGUACGAACAACAAUACACGAGAGCAAGGAGAAGAUAAUUGCGGACGAAACGAGUCUGGUAAUGUAAAAAUUAUCGAAGUGCAGAGCGAGAACGAUGAGGUCCAAUCGUUGGAGACCGCGUCUGAAAAGGACGCGAACGUGUCCUCUUCCUCGUCGAGCUUUGAAAAGUCGACGAUAUCUUCUAAAUCGCAUAAAAGAUCGCGCGAUUGCGAAUGCCAGGACGUAGCCAGUAAAAAAUUCCACUUGAUCGAGGAGAUAGACGCCGAGCAAAAUCCAAGGAGCGGUGAAAAGGUGGUGGAUGGAAUAUCCGAAAAGUGUAGGCAACAUUUCAUAAAAGAGGCAAGGGAGUUUGUGAAGAAGGAAUCGCCUCUGAUAGAUCGAUACAUAGAGGAUUUGAUAAGUAAAAAGGGGAAUUGGGAUUUGAAGAAUAGUCAAGAGGACUUUUUAACUUGUACAGCUUUGAACAUCACCUCCGACAUAUUUUCCAACAAAACUUUGGAAAAUUCAGAUACGAAAAUCGGGUCAAACGAGCAACACCAAGCGGAGGCGAGAAAACAUUUCAACGUUCAAAAUUCUGAGGAUGAUCGAGAAGUUAAAAAAUCGGAUUCACCCACCGAUGAACAAGUUGAUAUAAAAUCGGUUGAUCAGCUUUUGAAGCAGUCCAAGAUUGCCCAAAAACAGUCGAAAAUGUGCAUGGAUCUGUAUCAACAAUUCUGCAAGCAUCUGGAAGAGAUAGACAGUAAAAGGAAGCUUUUGAUCGAGCCAGACUUCAUGAAAAAAAAUAAAUCGGAUCACGGGGAAAAGAAACGUGACGUUCUAUCGCCAAGGGAGACCAAACAGUCGAAAGAGGAACAAACAAAAUCAUUGAUCGAGGUAAUUUCGGAGGACGCGACGACAAAUGUGGAGGAAUUCGAAGUUGAAAAGCUACUUCUCGAUUCUGAUCCUGUGAUGGAUGUAGAAUUGAAAGAUAAAAUAUUAAAAACAAUUAAUGCUCCGAAAAGUGAGGAGGAAAGAGAAAAGGGAAAGAAAUCGGCUGAUAAGUUGAUGAAGAUUUCUAGGGAAGCUAUGGCCAAGGGGAAAUCGUUGCUUGAUCCAUCUUUCCCUAUCUGCGAUCAGGAAAACUAUUUCAACGACAGUAGGAGAUUUUUCAUGAAUUUGUUAGAGGAUGAUUCUUUGGGAAAAGAUGAGGAUUCAACGAAGAAUAUCGAUGGAGAAUUCGAGUCAGAAUCGAUCAUGUUCACAGAGAAUUCUGUUGCGUUAAUAGAAGAAAUGGAGAAAUUAUCGUCGAUCGAAGAUAACGGUAUAAAACAGGGUAAUAAAGUUAUUGAUAUUGAAAAAGAAAAUGUUACGAAUAUUUCAGAGAACUCUGUGAUAAAAAUAGAAGAAAUCGAGAAAUUAUCACCGACCGAAGGUAACAGUAUUCAAGAUGGUAAAAUUCUCGAUAUGGAGAAAGAAAACGUGAACAACAGAGUGAGAAAAAGUUUGGAGAUGCAGAUUGUUCAAGGAAAUUGAGGGACGCUGGGGAAGAAAAAAUUUUGACAAAAUAUUAGCAAAAAUUAAAAAAAAAAUCUAAAGAUAAUUCUUAAAAAAAAAAAAAAAAAAAUAAAAAAAAAAAAAUAACUUCGCAAUAUCGUGAAAAAAAAUCCUAGUUGUAUAAGUUAAGUUGUAUCACUGUAUUUUCUUUCGUUUGUAUUCUCAAAUAAACGAAUUAAGUUUCCAGUUACAUCGCUUCGAUGAAAAUGGUAAACGAUAAAAAAAAAAAACGAGGAGAUCCAAAGAUUAAAAAGCGACGAUAAACAUCACGCGAAGAAGAGUAAUUCGAACGACGGAUGGCAAAGAUAGACGGAGCCUUCUACUACGUACACUUUAUUUCUUUUUUUUUUUUGUUCCACACUCACAUCAAUUAUAUAAUAAUAAUAAUAACGAUGAUGGCGGUGAUCUGGUGAACUAUAAUUAAUAGUAAGAAUAAUUAAUUUGUAAUUAUGUAAUAAUGACAAUCGGCUGCUUGCAAACGAAACAAUAGUCUCCGACAUUCUUACGUUUUCGUCGUUUCUCGAGGACAUCGAUAUUCAAACAGAGAAUAUAUUCCGUGCCCUCGCAAAAGCUUGGCAAAAAGCUCGUGAUACUUUUUUUUUUUUUUUUUUCUUUUAUACGUUUAUAUAGGAUGAUAUCGGAAUGAAAUUUUUUUCCUUCCGUCGCAAAUCGCGUCGAACCUUGUUUCUACUUUUUUUCUGUUUCUCUUCCACUUUGUUUUUUUUUCUCUCUGUCCCCUCCCACUCUUCCCCCCCUCCAAUUAUUCUUUAACACCAUUUUAUCCGCAUUUCACACCUUUCAUUUGUUAUUCGCGCCCUGUUCGCGCCAUUUCCUCUUUCCUCGUGUAAUAAUCACGUUUAUACGACGUUUUAUUAUUAUUAUUAUUUUUUUUUUUUUCGAGUGCUCUUAAGAACUAUCUUACUGCUCUCUGACUCACCGCAGGAAGUAAAGAAACGUACAGAUACAUUAUGCUUCACUGUUUCUAUAAUUAUUACAAUAAUAGAUUUAUAAAUUCUCCAUUUUCCCUGUUCCCAAACUCACCCGCUCAUUCUCCCGCACACUCUCUUUCACUCAUCUUUCUUUUCAUCAAAUCAAACGCACAUUCUCGCACGUAGAAUCACGUAGAACACACACGCGUUUUUUUUUUCCUUUUUAUCCUUUUUAAUAUUAUUAUAUAUAUAUAUAUAUAUCGUUACGUUCGCUUUCACACACGCAUGCAUUCGGUUGCUCCCUAAUUGUAAGUUAUUAUUAUAUUUUUUUUUUUCUGAACUAUACCGAGUGUCGAGGAAGCCGUCGUCGACGACCAGGUGCGAUUGAAAAAGAACCAAAAAAAAAAAAAAGGAGACGCGUGUACCGUGGAGACAAUUCGAUUGGCGAUGAUAUCCGAUCAUGUAAGGAUCGAUUGUAACGAGAAACGAACAUUUUUCUUAUCAUUCCCCUGGGAUCAUCGAGCAACUUCCUUCCUGGCCACCUCGUGUAUACGUCUCUUUGGGUUUAUUCUUUUGCUUACUAUCGUACUGUUUAUGUAGUGUAGUGGUUGCUGUUUACUUUUGCAAAUGCCGUCAACUGCACGACAGUCACGUUACGUUGCUUACGUUACAGAAAGAGAGAAAGUACCUUAACGUCUAUGCUUUAUUUAUUUAUUUUUUUUUUUCCUUUAAUAUUAAAGAGUUUCCGCUAUUAUUGAAAAAAAGUAUUCGAGAAGCUCGCCGCUCUCGAACUCCCGUUUCUCUUCCCUUUUUUUCUUUCUUUCUUUCUUUUUUCCGCGAUUCAGAAGCUUUUGAUAACGGCGACUUCGUGAGAGAAAAAUAUAGGCGAUCCAUUGUUUUCCCUUUCCCACGUUGGAAAAUCGAGCGAAAAUCGAUGUGUCGACCAUGGGUCCCGUACGAUCCACGCGAAAAAUUUGUCGAAUUUGCAAUCACGUCGAGGAGGAAACGAGGGAUGGAGGGGAGGGAAACAGUUUGGCGAAAAUAUUUCGAACUCCUCUCGUUCGAACGCUUAUCAGUCUUCUUUUUAUAAUUCUAUAAUCCGAGAAAAAUAACACCUCGUUUUCAUUCUUCGCGUAUUCUUUUGAUCCCUGUUUUGUUUUUGCAGACGAGUUGUGUUCAUCGGUCCAAAACCGAUUCGAUCGAUUUUACGUAACGCGCUUAAUAAUUCCAAUCUUCCCGGUUCUCUUACGUGGAUGCUGCUCGUCUUUGUACUGCAAUCGUUACUUUAUUUAUUUAUUUUUUUUUUUUUUCUCUAAAAGAGGAUUGUCAUCGUGCGUCGGUGUUUUCGCGUCACUGCGUGAGAAUCGAAAAAAAAAUUCCAUAAACGACACGUUAUCGAAUAUAUAAUAAACGUAAAUGCGAAUAAGAUGUAUACAUAUUUCGUGAUUGUGAAUCGAAGGGAGAAGAAGGAUUAAAGAAACGUUCUGGAUUCUUCUAAAAAUCUAAAGUUAAAGAAAUAAUUAUAACGAUGAAAUCAAUAUAGUUAAAAUUCGAUGGAAAGAAUCGGCACGAUUGCAAAUUCGAACGGCAAUUAACAGGGAAAGCAAAACAGUUACGCCGUGUACGACUCGCGACGUGCUGGAGUGGAUAAAAAUUUGAAAUCGUCGAACAUUUCGUCCCGUCGAAGAACCGGUGAGAAACCGUUGUUCCAAAAAAGAAAGAUUUCCAAAUAACGAAGCUUAUCGUUAAACAUUGUCGGGAGGAAGAGAAAAUUUGAAGAAUAAAAUUGAUUCGGCAUUUCAUUGUGCGAAGCAACCAAUUUGCUUUGGGAGAAAUAAAGGUAAAUCGUAGAAUACUCGAUCGAAAUUCGUGCAUCGAGUGAAAAAUCGAUGACCGCAAUAACAUGUGCGAGUGUUUAAUAAAUAAAUAGAAAUAAUAAUAAUA